AUGCCUCGCGAAGUCUCCGAUAUCAAGCAGUUCAUCGAGAUCUGCCGCCGGAAGGAUGCCUCUUCCGCCCGCAUCAAGCGCAACCGUAAGACCCAGCAGAUCAAGUUCAAGGUCCGGUGCCACCGCUUCGUCUACACCCUCGUCCUGAAGGAUUCCGACAAGGCCGAUAAGCUUAAGCAGAGCUUGCCCCCAGCUCUCAAGGUCGUCGAUGUCUCCAAGGGUCUCAAGAAGAAGGCUCUGUAA